AUGCAAAGUCCAGCUGCUUCAAAGCUAAAGAAGAAGCUUAAAUUAGAUGACCAGCUAUGUCAUAAACAUUACAGGCAAGACAAACGAUUUAUAUCUUUUGGAAAAGAUUCCAAAAAAGAACUUUUAGCCUUAAUCACACAACACCGUUUAAUAGCGGAAGAUGAACAGCCCAUUGUGCAUGUACACAAUAUUCAAUUAGACUUUAACGAUGAAAUUAUUAAAUUAAAUUACCAACCAUUCAAUAAAAAUAUAAAAUUAUCUAAAUUAGAUGCUAUUGUUCGGGCAUGUGAUGAAUCUUUGUUAUCUCGAGAUGGUUAUCGUCGAUUAGCUGCU